AUGAGCUCUAUGAGUGAAAUAAAACGAUUAACACCUGAAGAAUUACUUGAAAAACGUCGUUCAACUUUAAUAUCUCGUACUCGUGCAGCUCGUCUUCAACUUGAUUCAUUGUCAUUACUCGACACCAGUUAUGAUACAUGUCGACAAACUCUUCGUCAAUGGCGUUCACAAAUGCUUGAUCAAAUUAAUAAAGCUCAUGAAACAUCUCUUUCACAAUUAAAUGAUGCUUAUGAACAAAUAAAUCGUUUUCGUUCAACAAUAGUUAAUCUUUUAAAUGAACAAAAUACUAAUGAUCAUCUAUUAUCAUCAUCAUCAUCAACACAAUUAACACAAAUUGAAUCAAGUUUAAAUACAUUACGUCAUGCAGAAUUUACAUUUGAUUUUGAUCGUGCGCGACAACUUGAAGGUGAAUUAGAAUUAUUAAAAUUGUCUAAUCCUCAACAACAAUUUCGUUCAUUUAAUAAAUCAAAUACAAAAUGUCGAUUACUUGUUCCAUAUGAUCGAUAUGUAUCAGAUGUAUUUUUUUAUGAUGAUUUAAUAACAAGAAUUGAUUGUCAAACAUCUGAAUGUAUUCUUGUUUGUCCCUUUGAUUUACUUAGUGAUCUUUUAGGAAAUGAUGAAGAAGUUCGUAUUCUUAUUGAUCAAACAUAUUUACCAUCAAUUGGUACACAAGCACAACGAAUACGUAUUGAUUAUAGUCUUAUUUUACUUCAACCAGCUCAAGAAUGUUGUCCACAAUCGAGUGAACGUGUAAUAAGAAUUAUUUGCAAAGAUUCAACAAAAAUGUUGUCAUGCUUAGAAGAAAUUUAUACUAUUUGCAAUCAACAAGUCGCACCCAUCGCAUAUAAUCCUUACAAUCCAGUCAACUAUAACAGAUCAAAAACUCAUCUCUAUGGUGGCUAUUCAGAUAUUCCGACUCAAAAUGAUACGAAUAGAACAAAUUCUUUAUUUCCUCUAUCAUCGAACAAUUCUUCUCAACAACAUUUUGAUCGUGUUCUUAUGCCUGUUUCAAUUCGUCAAACACUUCCAAUAACAGAUAUGCAAGCUGGUGCUUUAUUAGGACCAAAAGGUGAACGAAUUCAGCAAUUACAACGUGAAACUGGUGCUAUUGUUAACAUAGGUGAUUUAAAUGAUGAUAAUGGGGAUCGACGAAAACGUAUUGUUAAUAUUCAAGGAAGUCAACAACAAGUGAAUAAUGCUUUACAAGCGAUUAAAAAACUUCUAAUGAUUGUUAGUAAUGAUGAUAUUGGAGAAGAUUCACUUAAAAGAGAUGGAGAAAAAGUAAAAAAGAUAUGA